CCUCUGCCCAUUACCCACAUGACGCGACACAAUAUCCCCAACACUAUGCUGGGCCUUCUGUGUACGCUUCUCCUGGAGAUCAGGUAGUUCCUCAGUAUCCGUCCGACCACGGCUUUCCCAACCCUCACGAUCCGCGUAUCCCACCAGCCACCGUACAAGAGAUGCUCGAGCUCCAGCGCUCCUACUAUCACUAUUACCAAGCGCCACUGCAGACCUCCAGAAAACGGGGCAACCUGCCCAAGGACGCAACUGAGAUGUUGAAGAAGUGGCUGGAGGAGAAUAAGGACACACCAUAUCCGACUGAGGAUCAGAAGAAGAUAUUUGAGAGGGAGACGGGGUUGACGUUGCAGCAAAUUUCGAACUGGUUCAUCAAUGCGAGACGUCGACAUCUAGGGCGGAGUGGGAUACUGGGUAAGAAUAAUGGAAACAGCGCUGGGAACCCAGCGACUGCAAGUGGGAAUUAUUGA